GCUGUGUAAUUUUAAUGUUCCCUUUUCAGUUUUCUCAUCAAGCGCCCCUUAUCACUCAUUGUAUUGUUUCUAAUCGUCUCUUGCUCCCCAAUUUCUCUGCUUCUCGCAAUAUGCGGGUUUCCCAUUCUCUCCCUACCUUUCUCUCUUUUUCUGCGGAUGCCACUUUUGCUGUGUUGGAAGGAAUGCUUCACUGAUCUUUGAUUUAUCGGAGCAGAAGCUUGUGACAACUCUGCACAGAUUUCUCUCCUGUUUUCAAGGUGGUGACUUCUGAGUCAGACUCGGAGUUUGACUGGUAUUCUGAAUCGUGCGCUGCACUAAACGCUCCCUUGGACUUUGAUUUUCUGCAAUCUUUGAUAUCUACUUCCAAGGAAGGUGAUGUACCCUUCGUAUUUGGAUGUGAAGGUGAAGCUUGCAAGACAAUAUCCUUAGUGAAGAACCAAGGAAUGAGCCCAACCCGUUCCUCUCUACUUCUGUGAAUUUCAUUCUCUCUCUAUUGGGGAGGAAGUUGUUGAGAUGUUCAAUGGUUCGCUUUCGGAUUGAUCAUAGUGCUGGAAAUAAGUAUAAUGGUUGCGAUAAUUCUCAUUAUUUUCCCAGUCGCGCUGAAGGGGUAUUAAGAGAAAGUGAGCUAAGUAGCAAGGUCUCUCAUUUGAACAAAUCAAAUGGUUAUAAUCAUGGGGGGCCUUUUAGACAACGACUUUUGGUGGUGGCCAACAGGCUGCCAGUCUCCGCAGUUAGGACAAGUGAAGGCUCGUGGUCCAUGGAGAUGAGUGCUGGUGGUCUUGUGACUGCUCUUCUAGGUCUCAAGGAGUUUGAGGCAAUUUGGAUAGGUUGGGCUGGUGUCAAUGUGUCGGAUGAGAUUGGACAGAAGACGCUUGCUAAAGCUUUGGCUGAAAAGAGGUGCAUUCCGGUAUUUCUUGAUGAAGAGAUUGUUCAUCAAUAUUAUAAUGGUUACUGCAACAACAUCUUGUGGCCCCUUCUACAUUACCUUGGACUUCCACAAGAAGAUCGCCUUGCCACCACAAAGAAUUUCCAAUCUCAGUUUGAAGCGUAUAAGAAAGCAAAUCAAAUGUUUGCUGAUGUUGUGAAAAAGCAUUAUCAGGAGGGUGAUGUUGUUUGGUGCCAUGAUUACCAUCUCAUGUUUCUUCCAAAAUUCCUAAAGGAUUAUGACAGAAACAUGAAAGUUGGCUGGUUUCUCCAUACACCAUUUCCAUCUUCGGAAAUUCAUAGGAUGCUGCCAUCUAGAUCAGAGCUCCUGCAUUCUGUUAUUGCAGCUGAUUUAGUUGCUUUUCACACCUAUGAUUAUGCACGGCACUUUGUUAGCGCUUGUACUCGCAUCCUUGGGCUUGAGGGUACACCUAAAGGGGUUGAGGAUCAAGGGAGGUUGACUCGAGUUACUGCAUUUCCAAUUGGGAUAGACUCAGAUCGAUUCGUACGUGCACUUGAGCUUCCUCAAGUUAAGGAUAGCAUCAAAGAAUUCGAAGAAAGAUUUAGAGGCAGAAAGGUAAUGUUAGGCGUUGAUCGCCUUGAUAUGAUUAAGGGAAUUCCUCAGAAAAUUCUAGCAUUUGAAAAAUUUCUGGAAGAGAAUGCCUAUUGGCGUGAUAAAGUAGUUUUGGUUCAAAUUGCUGUGCCAACAAGAACAGAUGUUCUUGAAUAUCAAAAGCUUACAAGCCAGGUUCAUGAAAUUGUUGGUCGCAUUAAUGGAAGAUUUGGAACACUGACUGCUGUUCCUGUACUUCACCUGGAUCGCUCUCUUGAGUUUCAUAAACUAUGUGCUUUGUAUGCUGUAACUGAUGUAGCCCUUGUCACGUCUUUGAGGGAUGGGAUGAAUCUUGUCAGUUAUGAAUAUGUGGCCUGCCAGGAGAGGAAGAAGGGGGUACUCAUUCUUAGCGAAUUUGCUGGGGCUGCUCAGUCUCUAGGUGCUGGUGCAAUUCUGGUUAACCCUUGGAACAUCACAGAAGUUGCUGCUGCAAUUGACCAGGCUCUGAAUAUGCCAUCUGAGGAAAGAGAGAAGCGGCAUGCACACAACUUCUCACAUGUAAAAACCCACACUGCUCAGGAAUGGGCAGGAACUCUUGUAAGUGAACUAAAUGAAACUGUUGCUGAGCAACAACGAAGGACAAGACAAGCUCCAGCCCCACUUCCAACCAAGGAUGCAGUGGAACAUUAUCUGCAGUCAACUAAUCGAUUGAUCAUUUUGGGAUUCAAUGGAUGUUUAACUGAACCAGUCGGGAAAAAAGGUGGUCAGAUUAAAGAAAUGGAACUUAAUGUGCAUCCAGAAUUAAAACAGCCAUUGACAGAACUAUGCAGUGACCCAAAUACCACUAUUAUUGUUCUUAGUGGAAGUGAUAGAAUAGUCUUAGAGGAGAAUUUUAGGGAGUAUGACCUGUGGUUGGCCGCCGAGAAUGGGAUGUUUAUACACCAUGCAAAAGGAAAAUGGAUGUCAACAAUGCCAGAGCUUCUGAAUAUGGAAUGGGUUGAUAGUGUGAAGCAUGUUAUUGAGUACUUCACCGAAAGAACACCCCGGUCACAUUUUGAAGAACGGGCAACAUCAAUCGUGUGGAAUUACAAAUAUGCAGAUGUUGAAUUUGGAAGACUUCAAGCAAGGGACAUGCUGCAGCAUCUCUGGACAGGUCCAAUCUCUAAUGCACCAGUUGAUGUCAUUCAUGGUAGCCGAUCUGUUGAAAUUCGUGCCGUUGGUGUAACAAAGGGAGCAGCUAUGGACCGCAUCCUAGGUCACAUAGUACACUGUAAAUCCAUGACAUCACCGUUUGAUUAUGUCCUGUGUAUAGGACAUUUUCUGGCAAAGGAUGAAGAUGUUUUUACCUUCUUCGAGCCGAGCUCUCCUUCUACUGAUUCGGAUCUUCCACGAGCAAAGGAGACUGACAGAGUUGAGUUUUGUGCUGAGAAGAGAUUGCCAUCGAAGACUCCAGCCAGUAAAAGUGGACCAAAGGCAUCCCAAAGUAAUUCACUAAGGCCAAAGUCAAAUUCUGAGAUCCGUGGUGUACCUUGGAUUCCAAACCUUGGAACUGAAACAAUUUCAUGGGAUAUCCUAAACCUUAAGAAGGAGAAUUACUUCUCAUGUGCUGUCGGGCGAACUCAAUCGACUGCUAGGUAUAUGCUUGGAUCAUCAUCAGAUGAUGUUGUUGCUUUUCUGAAGAAACUGGCAGGCGCGUCUUUGAACUCUUUAUCCUCCACUUAAAAAAAAAAAAAAAGCUUUUUGGCAUUUUAAGGAUGCUCUGAAGUAACCAUGUCAACCCAUUUUCCCAACCGAAGAUGAUACUGCGGAGCAACACACAGAAAUGAGUGUAAGAUCAUGGAUUUGUGUCUGUUUGAUCAUGACAAACUAGAUCAUAUAUGCUAUGCUGAUUAGUAUGCUGAUGUAGCAGAGAAUUAAAAAUCCUGCACAUACUUGUCUUCUUUCUUCUUCUUUCUUCCAGUCCCAUCCACAUAAAAUAGUAAAAUGCUCUCUCCCAUCCUUCAUUAA